UUGGUUUUACUGUGAACACAAAAAACUGCGAAAUCAAGGAGAAGGACAGCGCCCCGAAUAACUGUAAACCUCUGCAAACUGCGAGCGGCACCGUGCUGGAAAUGGGACCGGGGUCGUGUCCUCCGGGUGGUCGGAUUUUAAAAGAGAGGACAUGUCCUUCAGUCUGUUAAAGCCACAGUGCUCCACACAACUCUCCAAGCAUGUUUCAGCACUGAUAAUAUCUCUUCAAUCAGCAGCACCGUUUGAUCCAAGAGAAGCGUGCCUUGUAAGGAAGCAGGAUGUUCACAGGCUCCACCAAACUGCCACCCACUAAAACCCCCCAGCCCGAGCGGCUGGAUGAAGUGUACGCUGCCUUACGCCGAGGCCUACAGUCGUACCUGCAGGUCCACCAGCUGGAGCUGGACAGCCUGGGUCAGCAGAUCAGAGAAAACAAGAGGAAUGGUCGCUUGGGGUCUUUGUAUGAGUUGGAUAAGCACGUGAAAGCCAUUGAGAGGUUCAUGCGUCGCUUGGAGUUCCACCUCAGCAAGGUUGAAGAACUUUACGAUGCCUAUUGUAUACAGCGGCGACUGCGUGAUGGAGCUAGCAAGAUGGUGGCAGCCUUUAACUCUGCCAGUGGCAGCAAGGAGGCCCGAGAGAGUCUGAGUGAAGCCAACAAGGGCUACAGGGAAUGUACAGAGCACAUGUGCUCACUUGAGAGCGAAUUAGAAAGUCAUAUGGGAGAAUUUCAUGUGAAGAUGAAGGGGCUGGCUGGAUUUGCACGUCUGUGCGCUGGUGACCAGUAUGAGGUCCUGAUGCGUUACGGUCGCCAGCGCUGGAGACUACGAGGCCGCGUAGAAGUCAGCAACAAGCAGAUGUGGGAUAGCGAAGAGUAUAUUUUCCUGCCUCUCAUCACAGAACUGCUGUCAAUCAAGGUGACGGAGCUGAAGAGCCUGGCCAAUCACGUGGUGGUGGGCAGCGUGUCCUGCGAAAUGCUCGAUCUGUUCUGCCCGCUGCCUCAAACACUCGCCGUGGAUAUCAAUGACCUCGGGACAGUAAAACUGAACUUGGAGGUCACCUGGAGUCCGUUUGAUAAGGAUGACCAGACAUCUUCCUCCAGCACAGUUUCUAAACGCCUGCUGUCCAAUCAGAGCCCUCCUGACACACCCUCUAUGCGAGAGCAGGUGUUUUAUUCUCUGCUGAAGCGUCAGGGGGAAAUGGAGAACGGGACGGUCUGGUCCAACUCCUCUGAAUCCUCCGAUGACUCAUCCAGUCCAGCACUGGCUCAUCACGCUCAGAGACUGACGGCGUCCAACUUGCUGCAAACCACUCUCACCACUCAGCUGUCGUCCACACCACACAAGUCCAGUGCGUCAACGCCCUCGCUCUCAUCCAACCAAGAGGAGGAUGAGACCGAAACCGGGGAGGUUUUCCCUCAGACGAAUGGCCAUCUGCAGGCUUCCUUCUCCCACGGCCUCGCCAGUGAGAGCGGCCCGAAUUGUACCGCAACUGACAGGGUGUCUGUCCAAUCAGAGGAGCUCUCUGAAACCUCGGCAGACCUGAGCUGCUCCUGCCCCGACAUCUCUCUGCCUCCUGCGGCGUUUGUGCCUGCGGAGGUGAACAAUGACGCGUCCGUGGACUCGUUAGCCCGGGCUGAACAGACUGAAGCACAGACAGACACUGAAGCAGCAGCAGAGGAACACAAGGUAGACCAAAGUCAACCACAUCAGUCCGUCCAGGACAUGAAACAUGGCGAGGACGUUCCAGCGCCUCCUUUCCCCACGUCUGCGAGUUUUAACCAGGAAGUCGAAACUGCCCUUGAAAGCUUCGACUUUCUCAACUGCUCUGAUCUCGAUGAAGAGGAGGAAGAAGAACAAGAAGAAGCAGACAGAGGAGAGAAAGAAGAAGAAGAGGAGAGAGGAGAGACGGAAGAGCGGGAUAAUAAAUGUAAAGAGGACCAAAACAAAAAGGAAGAGGAGGAAAUAAAGGAGGAAGAAAAGAAUGCAGAGAACCUGUACCAUGGAGGAAGCAGUGACGAGGAAGAGGAGGCUGAGGGUCUUGAGAUCCUUAUGGAAGCUCCAGAAGGAUUUAGGAACUCUGAUGAAGAUCGUUUCUCUGAAUCACAGGAGUCGAGCGUGGGUGACGUGCAGGAUUUGGGUCAUAUAGAAAUUCCUGAGGGUAAGGAAGAGGAGCACAGCGAGGAGAAGGGAGGCGAGGAGCACGGAAAGGAUCAGGAAGAGGGUUGUUCCACUCCCAGCCAGGUGGACCCACCUGACUUCGAGUGACACCACGGAUCCACACCUAAACCAUUUCUCCCACUCUGGUGCCAUCUGUGUCCCUCUUACACUGCAGGAUUGGAGGCCUUGAGGAUGUUCCACUUACUGCUCAGACAAACAGGCUCUUCCCAAUCACGGUGGAGUUUGUGCACAUAUUCGCCUUGUUCUCACCAGGAACGAUAAACCUCGAGGUUUCUUUACCUCAGUCGUGACUGUAAACACACACACACAUACACACACACACACUUCCUCCUUCGUCCUCUGACAGUAAUCAUACUUUGAACGCACACUUCAUCAUGUGCUCUGGGUUAAAGUGGGACCCCACUUAAGUUUACACUUUCAUAAACUGCUCCUGUCAUGUGAAAAAAACAUUUCAGGAACAGCUUAAAAAGCGGCCUUUUUUUGUUUUUUUUAAGUGAUCUAAUCAUUUUCAGGUGGUUUUAUAAUUUCAAGUUGAUGUUUUUCAAGCUACAGAGACGCAUACAAUCAGCUACCAAGAUGCAUUAUAGUGUCUUCAGAAAAAAAAAAAAAAAAAAAGUAUUUGUGGAUAUGGAAGAACUACCGAGGUAUUGAUUUUCAGUGUUAAAUCUGUCCACAGCCCGGAGCUCUUUCAUUGUGAGAGGACAGGGCUUCAUGAGCAUGUGAUGUUUGUCUGAAGACAUGAAGUCAUUUCCAAAGCAGGAAUGUACCCUGAAAGUGAGAAUUUUAGGCUUUCAGAGACGGUUAAUAUUUAGAAACACACUCUGAGUGAAUUUAAAGGUCAAAAUCGUACCAGCGCCUAAGCUGUUAUUAGAAAUUAACACUUGAAGGAUAGCAGAAGUGCGAAACUGUAUUUAAACCUGCAUGUGUAGCUGCCUCACACACACAUACAUACACACACACUGCCAGCAUGUCUGCAUUACAAAGCUCAGCUGAUCAGUUUAGGUGUGUAAGCUAUGCUCCGCUCUGAGAAAGCCAUCCGGUCUGUGACUGUGUCAAAAAAAAGAAAAGAAAAAAAGCCGCCUCACGGGGGCGCUAUAGUCCGUCAUGCUUUACAUGUUUCUUUAACAGCCUCGUCAUUCAGAAAGUGCCUCAAGCGACGUUAAGGUUUUAAAUGCCGCGACAGGAGAGAUCAGGCAAAGAGAACAGUGUUUAUUUUCUGAAUUACUUUGAGAGUGUGCACAAUAAGAGAUAUUUACUGUUUCAUAUAAAGAAUUGUAUAUGUCUUGAAAUGUCGAAAUGUUUAUGUUCAGAAAUGUUUAAACUUUAUAAAGGUUUCUUUAAAAUUAACAC